AUGCCCUCUCCGCUAAUCUCACGACGCCGUUUCCUUUCUCAGUUAAUCACCUUUAACCAAUUCGACUCCCCAUUGGUCCGUGACGGACCCGCAGGGGCGAGGAGGUCGACGACGUCGUCCUUGGCAAAGCGGCACGCCUAUGCUUCGGAGAAUCCCGGGAAGGCGGCCGCGGCGGCGGCCGCCGCUUCGAAGAAGCGACCGGCGCUGGCUAACAUCAGUAACCUGAGGCAUGGAGCCGUUUAUCAGGGUUCGGGCCGGGCCCAUGUUCCGGAGUCGUCGAAAAUUGUGCCGUGCUCCACGAAGAUUGUUAGCAUUAAGAAGGGACCUUCAACAUCAACAAAUUUGGUUACUCUACCACCAACUUCCUCUGUAAAGCACAAUGUGGUUCUGGUUGGCCAAGCUUCAUCUUUACCAAAGAGAGAUAUUGUGCUCUCUAGGACUGUUGUGGCCCCUGUUUCAUGCAGUGCCGAUUUUUCUCCUGAUAAAUCAGAUUCACUCUCUGUUUCCAUGGAUGAAUCUAUGUCCACCUGUGAUUCCCUUAAGAGCCCGGAUGUUGAAUACAUGGAUAGCCAUGAUAUAGCUGCAGUUGAUUCCAUUGAGCGGAAAGCGUCCAACAUUCUUUGCAUUUCAAAGGACGAGGAAAUUGCAGAGAAUAUGUGCAAGCGCGAUGUUUUAGCAACAAUAGAAUCGGACGACACGAUUGUGGAUGUUGAUGAGAAUUUGGACGACCCACAGUUAUGUGCGACCAUCGCGUGUGAUAUCUACAAGCACUUGAGAGCUUCUGAGGCAAAGAAAAGGCCAGCCAUUAACUUCAUGGAAAGAGUGCAGAAAGACAUUAAUGCCAGCAUGCGUGCGAUUCUUAUUGAUUGGCUUGUUGAGGUUGCAGAGGAAUACAGACUUGUACCUGACACAUUGUAUCUAACUGUUAACUACAUAGACCGUUAUCUUUCUGGAAAUGUCAUGGAUAGACAAAGAUUGCAAUUGCUUGGUGUGGCUUGCAUGAUGAUUGCAUCAAAGUAUGAAGAGAUUUGUGCACCACAGGUGGAAGAAUUCUGCUAUAUUACUGAUAAUACAUACUUCAAAGAGGAGGUUCUUCAAAUGGAGUCUGAUGUCUUGAAUUAUCUAAAAUUCGAAAUGACAGCACCCACAGUCAAAUGUUUCUUGAGGAGGUUUGUUCGCGCUGCUGCACAAGGUCCCAAUGAGGCUCCUUUACUGCAAUUCGAGUGCUUGGCUAAUUACAUUGCCGAGUUAUCUAUUCUGGAGUACAGCAUGCUAUGUUAUGCACCAUCGCUCAUAGCAGCAUCUUCGAUUUUCUUGGCCAGAUUCAUUCUUUUACCAGCAAAAAAACCCUGGAACUCGACUUUGCAUCAUUACACGCUCUACCAGCCACACGAUUUGCGCGACUGUGUUAUGGCAUUACAUGGGCUUUGCUGUAAUAACCACAAUUCUAGUCUGCCUGCCAUAAGAGAGAAGUACAGUCAGCACAAGUACAAGUUUGUCGCGAAGAAGUACUGUCCUCCAUCAAUACCUUCAGAAUACUUCCACAACAUUAGCAGUUAG